AUGUCUGGAGCCACCAGUGACGCGCUGCACAGAUCCACUCUGACGGUGUAUCUGAACCUGAUGGAGCACUUUAAUCCUGGCCUGCAGAAACUUGUUGCUUUAGGAAACAGCUACAUCACGGCUUUCCAAGCAUUAGCAGCUUCCAGUGAGGCUUACUUCAGCGCUGUGGCUAAGAUGGGUGACCAGGCGCUUCACACACUCUCAUCUCGCUCCCUCGGAGAUGUGCUGAUCCAGGUGUCGGAGACUCAGAGGAGGCUCACUGCAGAGAUGGAGGGAGUGUUCCGAUGGUUUCAGGUGGAGGUGCUGCAGGCCAUGGAGAAGAACGUCAAGCUGGAUGAAGAGUACAUCAAUGGCAGCCGCAGGGUUUACGAGCUGGAGGUGAGGAACCAGGCCGAGAGUCUGGAGAAACAACUGAGGAGAGGAGUGUACAGAGACUCCCUGGAGAACAGUGAGUACAUGCUGUACCUGCGUCAGAGUCAGCAGGAGAUCCUGAAGGAGGAGGAGAGGAGGUAUCGCUUCCUGGCUGAGAAACACUGCGGACUCACACAGUCCCUGCUGUUCCUCAUCAACAAGACCGGAGCGUCUCUGCAGCAGAAGGCUGACGGCUGGAAGGAGAAAGUGAACGAGUCCAAAGGCUCCAGACCUCGAACGCCCACCCAUCCCGACCAGGACGCUCAGCUGCGAGGCUCCGUCAGCUCUCUCCUCCAGACUGUAUCCAGAGAUGAGGACAUGUCGUGGGCCCGCAGAGAGCAGCAGGCUCUGGGCAGAGUUCCCUCCAGAGCGCCCUCCCCCCUCCCUAGCAGCCGCUCUCGCUCCAGCUCAGUGGGGGAGUCUCUGGGUCUGGGAGGGGGGGGCAGAGCUAUGAGGGCGCUGGUGUCUCACCCCUCCUCCUCAAACCCUAAGCUCCUCCCCUUCUGCAGGGGGGAGACCAUCACUGUGUUAGUGCUGGAGCAAAGAAACGGCUGGCUGUACGGACGCUCUGACAACCUGAGGCAGGGCUGGUUUCCUGCAGCCUACGUUGCACCUGUGGAGGAUUUCUCCAACACUUUAGCAACCAGUGGUGUUUCUCUGCGGAGCCACAGCAUGAACAACCUGCUGGACCCGACUGACAGCUACACCGACCAAUCAGAGAGCACCAGCUACGGAGAUGUCCCGCCCCCGGCCACGCCCAAUCGCAGAGCCUCCUCCUGCUCCUCCCCCUUCCCUGAGAGAAAGGGGGAGGCGGCUUCAGAGACCAAACCCCCCCCUCACCCCCCUCCUCCUCUCUCGUCCAAUCAGAGGAGGAGCUCCACAGAGUUCAGACCCAUAUCCCCCCUCCCUGAGAGAAAGGGGGAGGCGGCCUCUGAUCUGAGGGCGUUAUCCCCCCACGGACAGCCUGACAACCCGCUGUUCCCCAGAGGCACCAACCCUUUUGCCACGGUGAAGCUGCGACCCACCACCACCAACGACAGAUCCUCUCCUCACAUCCACUGAUGUGUAACCGUAUAAAGACGACGUUUCUGUUUCAGAAUAAUUAAAUAACUCCUGAAGUGUUAAAAGGUUUUCAGCCACAGGGGGAGGUUUGUGAGUUUUUGUACAGUUUUAGAUAUGUGUUAUUGUACUAAGAGUUGAAGUG